AUGCCAACAGUCCCAGCUAUGGACCGGUCUUCGGGGUCCUUGGAUGCACCAGCGCCAUCGUGUUCACGACCUUUGGAGCAGCCUAUGGGACGGCUAAGGCCGGCGUCGGCGUCUGCUCGUCGGGGAUAUCGUGCCUGUCGUUAUGGCCGGAAUCCUCGCAUCUACGGUCUGGUGGUCUCGGUCCAGAUUGCCAACAAUCUUGCCCAAGAGGUCGCUCUCUAUACGAGUCUGCUCCAGCUGGGUGCUGGUCUGGCGGUAGGGCUUUGCGGGCUGGCUGCAGGGCUUGCGAUUGGAAUUGUCAGUGAUGCAGGCGUCAGAGGAGCAGCCCAGCAGCCGAGACUCUACGUGGGCAUGAUCCUCGUUUUGAUCUUUGCUGAGGUUUUAGGCUUGUACGGCUUGAUUGUCGCUCUUCUGAUGAACGCCAGGGCUGGGGUUAUAGACUUUAAAUGCCGCUGA